AUGGUCUUUAGCGAGCUCGGCGUCCCUGUCUGCUUCCGUCGUUUUCCAUCCCCAUCCCCCUCUCUAGCUCUGACGACGGUGCAGUCGAGUCCGAGAUCUAGGAUCGUGGCAGUGGCGGGGGGACUGGAUGCUGCCGGGACGACCGGCGGCGAGCAUCAUCGGGCGGCGCCGAGCAUCGUCGGCCAUGGCGCCGAGCUACACGACCCCCCUGUUUUUGCGGCGGCGGACGACAGCUACAUGUCAGACGAAGAAGUAAUGGAGUCUGGUACUGCAUUCAGCCAACGUUUUGCAGCAAAACGCUUGCGCGGAGUUGCGAAGACAAAACUCAAUCCCACCAAGAGGCACUACAUUAAUGAAACUGGCUUUGGUGAUCUGAUGACCAUUUCACAUUUCAAAGCGCCACCUGAUCUGAUGGAGUGGUUAACUAUGAACAUUGACACUGAAAAGCGUGAGCUCAGGCUGAGUCGGACUAAGGUGAUUGUGUUUACUAGAGACAUGGUGAAGAAGGUUUUCAAUAUCCCAUCAGGCAACAGACCAGUUGAGCUUUUCAAGAGACACGAGCAGUGUGAGCUACGCAACAUUUAUCAUAAGAAUGGCAGGGCUCCAAUUGCGCAUACAGUGACUGUGCUUCACCGAGCAAGGAAUGAUGAUGGCGAUACUACGAAGAGAUCAUGGGUGCUCUUGGCGCUUGCAACCGUUUUAACUCCAAGCACUGGAAACAUGGUGCCUCUAGAGUACUUGAAAAGCCUUGUAGAAAUGGACAAGGUUGCUGAAUUCGCUUGGGAUGAGCAUGUUUUAAGUGUUGCAAUGAGAGAGGUCAAGAAGUGUCAGGACAAGAUAAAAUCACAAGCUACUUCUUCAUUCUGGGUUGGGGGCUGUUUCCCUAUGCUUGCAGUUAUUUACAUGGACCAUUUGAUAUUUCCCCAAGCUGCCAUCAAUGAGCACCAGCUGAAUUAUUCUCUUCCAAGGGCUUGCUUCGUACAUCAAACGGACUUUGAUCUUGUAUUGGAAUUUGACAAGAACAAGCUAUCUUUGGGCAAAGCUUCAUUCGGGAAGUGUCGUUUUCGCCCUCUAUCGGAGACACCGUACGUAGCAUUGCCUGCCGAAGGCCCGGUAGGCAACAUGACUGAAGUUGAUCAAGAUCAGCAGGUUCCGGACAGCCCGGAUUGUGUUGAUACUGAAGAUUGUGGGGCUGAAAAUGUCAACAUUAAUGACAACCAAGCUGAUGUGGCUGAGGAAGAGAAUCCUACGGAAGGUGGUAGCAAUCCAACGGAACAUGGCAAAAGUACAUACGAAGAUGUGUGUGGUUCACUGGAUGAUUGGCUUCAGAACCCAGCACCAUUCGGUGCAGAGCUUGAGCUACCAUCACAUCUGGCUGCAAUCUACGACAAGCACACAAAACUAUAUUCUUUAGAGUUAAAAGGGGCUCUAAGCUCUUUUGGGCAAGUGUUGCAAGCAAUACAUUGCAAGAGAAUGGGGCAGCUCCUCAAAGAUGUGGACGCUGCUUCAUCAAGUUAUCAGGGAGCAACGGAUGUUAGUUUUGAUGUGCCACCCCCUCGCAGCAAUGAUGUAGACAAGUCAGAUCGUCAUGGUUGUGUCAAGGAAAGCUAUAGCAGGAAAGCCGCAGAUGAGCCAACAACAGACAAGGUGGUUGACCCGGGUGAAGGAGCUCGAAGCAACCAUGCAAACGGCAUUGAUCAUGAGUCUAAUGGCGGCAAUGUGGUUGAGAUGGGCACACGAACUAGUGGUGAAGAUAUUGAGCAUGGUGACCAACUCAUCGAGCGCAAUGACUCUGUUGUCAGUGAGCCCCCUGCACAGUCUUUUGAGAAUGCAAGGGAGAAAGUGUCUAGUGGUGAAGAUAUUGAGCAUGGUGACCAAUUCAUCGAGCGCAAUGACUUUGUGCACACUAGCGUGACUGGACAUUGGAGUGAUGCGCCAUCAAUGUGCCUGUUCCAAGAGGGCACCGAGGAGUACGAUUGGUGGAUUAGUGUCCAAAGUCAAGAUCCGAACUCCAAUGCUCCAACUCAUGGCAACACUGAUACAACACCAAAGUCUUGUGGUGUUUUUGAUGUCACUCCUCAGGCUGCAAUAUCAAGAGAAGUAGAAGCUCCUGUGUAUGAUGUCACACCAAUCUCCAUGGCUCCAUUAUCAAGUGGGGCUGCAGAUGGACCAUCAAAGCCACAAGAAGAGACAGUUGUUCUAGUUAGCAGCAGGGAACCAAGCCCCAACCUUGACGAGGAGAAGUUGAAGAGCAAGGAUGAGAACAAACUCAAGAGUAAGAAAAGAGAAGGGAGUCCACUGUCAGCCGGAUCGAAGUACAAGAAAAUAAAGACAGAUUCGAACACGGAAGCAAUGUACCAGCACUAUGUCAUGAAGAGGUACAAGAUGAAGAAGAUGAAGAGAGGGGAAGUUGAGCCUCCUUUCAUUAGGAUUGAUGAUUUCCACAUUACGUACACGAACUUCCAGAAGUCGUUGAAGCCACGUGCUCAUAUUUGUAGUGAAGUCAUGUCAUUAUUCAUUGAAAGCUUCAACAUUGAACAAUUGUCGUCUUCAAAUAUGCAGAAGAAAUUUGCUUUCUCUGUUUUAAUGAGUCUUCAACUCUCUGUCCACCCAGAAGUAUUUGAUCCAAGUGUUUGUGCAAAAGAGCUGAGGAGGGCAUGCCAAAAUUUUCAGAUUUCUGUUUUUGACCUACUUUACUUCACCAUCGUCUGCGAUGGCCACUGGAUUGUUUGUGUCAUUAACCUAUUGCACAAGGAGUUUAACUUGUUUGACUCAUGGGAUAAUGGAAAGUUGGAUAUUGCUGCAAGGAAUCUGUUUACCAAUUUCAAGAGGAUUGCUUCAGAAGAGCCAGCUUUCACAGUGGACCUAUCUUCUUUCAAAUCCGACUGGCCGCUGCUUGACUACCCACAAUAGGCAACUCACUUUGAUUGUGGACUUUUUGCAACUUUGUACUUGGAAAUUUUUGAUGGCAUUAGGAUGAAAGAUUUUAAGAAGCAAAAUAUGCUUGAUGUGCGAAAGACGAUUGCUUCGAAGCUGUUUUCCCAUCCGCUGAACAAGAUCUGCCCUGCUGAUGUGCACAGGGAAAUCACAGUGUGUUGAAGUAGGUGAAUCGUAGUGCAUUCAAGAAGGCGACCGCAGCAGCGUUUUGAAGAUGCAACUUGAUAAUCCUAGGAAUAUAGCUUGCCAGUAGUGUGUUAUGUUAUCUUUUAUGUCAAAUGAAACUUCAUGUAAAGCAAAUCUUUUUGUUUCAUGUGUGUUUUCUAGCAUCUGCUGGCAUCAAAAUUUGUAUGACAAUCAUACGUUUGAGGAAUUACUGGAAAGAAAACUACUCAUGAAACAU